AAGGAAAAGCUUCGUUCCUCCACAAGGUGGAAGCCUGUUAAGAAAGGAAGCCAGCGGUCUAGUGAAGAGAGUUUUUGGGUUUCUGAAUCGAACCCACGUCGUCAUUUUCACUCAAGUUCAUCUUUUUGGAUCGGCUGUGACAGAUGGGGGAGCUCGCUGGCGAUAAACAUGUCAAGUACAUAUUGUGUGUUGAAAAGAAAAAGGAUAGUUUUGAGUCGGUGGUUAUGGAGCACUUGAGAUUGAAUGGAGCAUAUUGGGGAUUGACCACUCUAGAUCUUCUUGGAAAACUUGACACUGUGGAUUCAAAUGAAGUUGUUUCGUGGAUCCUGCAAUGCCAGCAUGAGUCUGGUGGCUUUGGUGGAAACAUUGGACAUGAUCCGCAUCUGCUGUAUACACUCAGUGCCGUGCAAGUUUUGGCCCUUUUUGACAAGCUAGAUGUUCUUGACCUCAACAAGGUGACAGAUUACAUCAGAUCACUGCAAAACGAAGAUGGAUCUUUCUCUGGGGAUGUUUGGGGCGAAGUUGAUACUCGGUUCUCUUAUUGUGCUAUAUGCUGUCUUGCGAUACUAAAACGGUUGGAUUUGAUAAAUGUGGAGAAGGCAGUCAGAUAUAUAGUGAGUUGCAAGACAUUGGAUGGCGGGUUUGGUUGCACUCCUGGUGCAGAGUCUCAUGCAGGGCAAAUAUUUUGCUGUGUGGGAGCUUUGGCUAUAACGGGUUCACUACAUCACGUUGACAAGGACCUUCUUGGCUGGUGGUUAUGCGAACGACAAGUCAAAUCUGGAGGUUUAAAUGGCCGCCCAGAAAAACUUGCUGAUGUCUGCUACUCCUGGUGGGUGCUUUCUAGCUUGAUUAUGAUUGAUAGAGUUCACUGGAUUGACAAAGAAAAGCUUAUCAAAUUCAUAUUAGACUGUCAGGACACUGAAAAUGGUGGAAUUUCUGAUAGACCAGAUGAUGCUGUGGAUGUUUUCCAUACAUAUUUUGGAGUGGCUGGUCUUUCCCUUCUUGAAUAUCCAGGAGUUAAAGCCAUAGACCCAGCCUAUGCCUUGCCAGUCGAUGUUGUUAAUAGGAUUUUCUUUGGCAGAUGUUGAACCUGACCACAGGCCACACAAUUUACUACAUUUUCAUGACUUUCUGAGUACACGUACUAGCGGCAUUAACCGACUUUCUAUUUCCUUGCAUACUGAAUUGCGCAAAAAUUGAAAUAGUAGUCAGUGGACACAACUUCUCUAGCGAAUCAUUUGUUACCCUCGGAGAACCUAAACUUCCUUUGAUCCUUUUUGUGCCCUCAUCUCUCUCAAACUAUAGUUUCUCCUUUUUGUA